CUCGUUAUUGUCUGUACUCUGUAGUGAGGUAUGUAUAAUAAAAUGUUAAAAGUAAAUGUAUUUUUCAAAAAUAAAGUGGUAUUAUACGUAAAAAAAGAAGCUGCGGUCUCUCCCUAUCUCAAGGUUCGAGUUUUCUGCAGUCAUCAAGUGCGGCUGCGUAUUUUCAAUAGGUAAGAUUUGUAAUCAUGAAAUCUUCGCUGCGUACGUUUGCUCGUCGAUGGAAAAAGCGCUGCAACGGUCCAGAGAGGAAGCAGGAGAGGCGUCGCGGGAAGAAGGUCGGCGGCAGUCAAAAGCCCUUAGUUCGAAAAUUGGUGAAGCACCGGACGAACUGGCGACCGAUGAUGAAGAAGAGGUGGCCGAGUCGGAGGAAAACCACUUUGGUGCGUCAACAAUAAUAGUGAGAAAAAUGCUAAAGGUACCCCAAUUGGUACCCCAAUUUGUACCCUCACCCUAUUUUUGUGGCUCACAAAAGCACCUCAUUAAAGUGGGGCAAUUCAUUUAUUUAUGUGGGCUUUUGUGAGUCACAAAAAUAGGUUGGGGUACAAAUUGGGGUACCAAUUGGGGAACCUAUAGCAAGGCUGAUAAUAGUGAUGGUCCGAUCUCCUCCUGAACUAUCGCGACAUCGCCAAUGAUUGAAUGGGGUACUAGGGUUCAAGAAAUUUAUUUUGAAAGGCACCUUAAUUUUGCUUGCUUGACGUUUUUUAUUUUUCGUUUUGUUUUGGAUCUGUACUUUGCUUUGGUUGUGUUGUGUUUUUCCAGCAAAAAAACUUUAGAACUUAGGACAGGAGACGAGAAGUCUGAUUAGCAAGUCAUUGGCUCAGGUAAGCCCAAAGCGGGAUCAACGAAUUAUAUUGUUUCUACGGAGGUGGUCAAUUCCAAGUCUGAUUCUAGGGCGGAUGGUAGACAGAAGACUUAUUGUAGUUUUGUAACCUGCUUUCGUUCUGUUAUGAUAAGCCAAACCAGUUUUGUAAAAAAAGUGGUAUAUAUUUUUUUGGCAAAAUAUAACUUAAUUUAUAUUAAAGACAAUGUAUAGAUACAAAGCCGCCAAACAAAACGCUACGCCGGGAUGAGACAUAGGGCGUGUUUGGC